AUGUGUUCAUCGCAGCACAUCCGCGUCGACUUUUCUAUGGAAAUUAUAGUGACUAAGGUCUUUUACUAUUUUAUUUCCUUAUUAGUUCUUUUAUUAAUGCUAGUCGAUUCAUAUCAAUUUCCAUAUGAAAGUGUGAAGAGUGCUGUGACUGAUAUAAUUCUACUCUUUGUAGUGUGGCUGUCAUUCAUUUGGGAGGCUUUGAAGAUCAUUGAAAUAGCAAAAUCGUUAUCAAUGGUCUUCUUUGUCUUUCUCUUCCCACUCUUCUACACCGACACCUAUUUGUGCUUCGUCAAAAACGACGCCUUUCUCUUCUGUUUCACACAUUUUGCUAUCGUGACGGCGUUACUCUUCCACGACAUCAUGUACUUGAUGACUUCUAUUAAAGUCGCUAUUCUCGCAAUGUCCCGCGACGUCUUCCUCUUCGUCUUCUUUGGAACAAUUGCCCUCUUCAAUGUCGAUAAAUCAGACGCAAUGCCCUUGUUCUUAUUGGGCCCAGCUAUUCUUCUUGAUGAAUUAGCUGUGGUCGCUAAUUUAGAAAGAGUCUACAAAACAGUCCCUUUGGCCUUAACUAAGCGACUCAAUGUAUAUGGCGAAGUUGUUGAACAGUAUUAA